AAGGAGCGCAGGUCAUCACAUUGCAGAGCAUUGCAUUGCAUAAAACUGGAUUUGGAUUUGUGGGAUCCUGCGAGCGAGGAUGAUGGAAUGCCUACCUGUGUAGUCGACGUCGCACUCUUCGGCGGAAGAUUUAACCUAGAAUUGCGGAUUCAGCAGCCAGACUGGAUUCCCACUUCAUCGUUUCCACACAGUCCAACUUCUUUUCGAUCACGGAUUCCGGUGCAGAUGCGAAGUAAUGUGCCCACUGCUGCUGUAAUCGGAGUUGGAACGGGAGAAUGCGGACUCUCCGCAGCGGAUUUGGAGUUUUUCGGAGUCUUUCAGGGGGUUUGAAGCUGUGGAGGAGGCAUCUCCCCUUCCAGCUGUGAGUGCUGCGUGUUGGCAGACGCCGUGUGUAUUUGUGGAGUAACGGAAGUGGAAGCUGGAGGGUAUGGUAGAGGACGCGAGACAGCCCCAAUUGGAAGUGCGAGUGCGGUCCCUGGAUGGCCAGCAAUUGCAGCUGAUAGUGCCCCCGCACUUCCGCGUCGCGGAGCUCAAGUUGCGCUUGCAGGAGCUCCGCUGGCCCGCACCUGGGGUCACUCAAUUCCAUCUUUUUCAUCGUGGUGUAAAACUCAAUGUGGAUGCUACAGUUGCUUCGCUGUCCCUCGGCGGAGAAUUUAUAGUGCUCAUCACUUUUACGAAGAAGAAUCAGAAGACGCAGGCUGGUCUUCAAUCUUCAAACACCCAAUUGAGCUCGGGCGUCCAAGCUCCAUGCUGCGGAGGGUUGCAGAACGGUGAAAUCCGUAGUUUGUCGGACGAGUCUUCUGCAUUACCUGGGAUUUCACAUGGAGAUUGGCUGAAUGGUCACGCUCUGUCUAACGCAGCAGCCGAACCUCGGAAUAUCCAUUCUCGUGCCUCAGAUGAAACCUGGUUAGCAGUUGCCGCAGAUUUGGCGUCCUUCCAUACCUCUCCUCCUAAGGAUCCAACUCAUGCGAGAGACGAUGGAACCGACAUCGACAACCAGCGAGAACAGGAGGUUUUGGAAGGAGGUGAAACAAAGCAGUCUACUGGAAGAGGGAAGACGAAGAGGAAAAAUGAAGACCUUGGAGGACCUUUGCCACCGGCUGCAGAGGAGUUAAAGCGGGUGUUCACGGCACUGAAUACUGUGUAUGGAUUCCUUCAGAGACAACGGAUGCAAGCGACGUGGGCAAAUGUGAAGCAAUCAGUGCAGCAGCUCUGCUUUCAAGCAGGUGACGAGAAAAUGUGUCUCCAAGCUGUCAAAAGUGUAGCCAUCCUCUGCCCCAAGUUGAUGGUGCUAAGUAACAUGUCGGAGGAGGGUGACGAAUCGUCAUUCAGCAUUGAUAUGUUCGACAACUCUAAGUUAGAUAAUUUAGUUCCAAACCAACAGCCCAAUCUUCCUGUUCAUCAGUUGCAAGAGAUUGGGCCUGGAGAUUACUUACCUGGUGGAGACGGGAAGCGCAUGACUGAUAAGCAAAUGCGUAAUGCUAUUGACAGGCGCCUGAAGGCUUUUGAUGGGCUGCUUUUAACCGUGUUGAAACAAAUUCAGUGCUUGCAACAGGCAAGUUCUGAGUUUCAGAAUCUGGACCUGAAAAAGAUGACUGUAGAAGAGUUUUUACAAACUGCCAAGGCUAUAACGUCCCAGGAUAUCAGAGAUUUGUCAAAGCCUGGGCUAUCCUCUGCCUUGCCACGACUCCCACGCCAUCACAAGAAACUUACGCGCUGCUCAGAUAUCUCUGAUAUGAAUGCGGAAGAGAUGCUACGUCAUCUGAAAGAUAAGCUUGGUUCUCUUGGGCAGAUUGUCCACUGCGAAAAAUUAAAAGCACGUGCAGCAUCUUAUGGGGAGCUUGAAAUAGAGCUGUCUCAGUUCACCGAGGAAGCACUUGGGCGAAUGGGUAUUACCGAACUGUAUACGCAUCAGGCUCAUGGAGUAAAUGCUGUGAGGAAUGGGAGGAAUAUUGUUGUGGCCACGUCAACUGCAAGUGGCAAGUCACUGUGCUACAAUGUACCAGUCUUAGAGGAGCUUACGAACAAUCCAAAUGCUUGUGCUCUUUACUUGUUUCCUACUAAGGCUUUAGCUCAAGAUCAACUGCGAGCACUACGUGAGUUAUUCGGGGAAAAAGGCAGCUCAAUUGGGUUAGGAGUAUACGAUGGAGAUACCAAUCAUGAUCUCCGUCUGAGGUUGCGAGAUUCGGCUCGUUUGCUCAUUACAAAUCCAGAUAUGUUACACGUUUCCAUCAUGCCAUGUCAUCGCCAAUUCGAGCGGUUUCUCUCUAAUCUAAAGUUUGUGGUGGUGGAUGAGGCGCAUGCAUACCGUGGAGUAUUUGGCUGCCACACUGCUCUCAUAUUGAGACGCCUACGUCGCCUGUUACAUCAUUUGUAUGGAGCCGAGCCCAACUUCAUAGUCUGCAGUGCUACUGUCGCUAAUCCGCGUGAGCAUGCUAUGGAACUGGUGGGGCUCCGCGAGGUGGAUGUCAUCCAAGGUGAUGGUAGCCCUCAUGGAGAAAAGACAUUUGUUUUCUGGAAUCCGCCGAUUGUUUUCAUGCCACCUUACGCAGAUCGUAAGAACAAAAGACACAAGCCUUCAGCUAAGUUGGAUCGAGGUGUUAUUCCACAUGCUCAAACCAGGCGUGCCAGCCCCUUAGUGGAGGUGUCAUCACUACUAGCAGAAAUGGUCCAGCAUGGGCUUCGCUGCAUUGCUUUUUGCAACACUCGCAAGUCGGUCGAGUUGGUCCACAAUCAUACACGAGAGAUUUUAAAAGAAACAGCUCCAACAUUGGUAGAUACUAUUCGAGCAUACAGAGCAGGCUACACUGCGGAGUCCCGACGAGAAAUUGAGAAAGACCUGUUUGGUGGUCGGCUGCGCGGAGUAGCUGCUACUAACUCAUUGGAGUUGGGGAUUGACAUUGGUAGCUUGGAUGCUACACUACAUUUGGGUUUCCCUGGAUCUGUGGCAAGCUUGUGGCAGCAAUCAGGGCGUGCUGGUAGGAGAGAGAAAGCUUCACUUUCUGUGUAUGUUGCAUUCAGCGGACCACUUGAUCAACACUUUAUGAAAGCACCUCAAAAACUGUUCAAUGAACCUAUUGAGAAUGCGCAAGUGGAUGCCAGUAAUCGACAGGUACUGGAGCAGCACUUGAUGUGUGCUGCUGUGGAGUACCCAAUUCACAUCGAACAUGAUAAAAUAUUCUUAGGCUCUGGUACGCAAUCUGGUAUAAUGAAGCUGGUGAAUGAAGGCUUAUUGGGACGCCACCCAACUAACGGUCCACAAGACAGUUCAUGGCACUACAUUGGACACGAGAAAUCGCCAUCUCAGGGUGUAAGCAUCAGGGCUAUAUGUACUGAAAAGUACACGGUCAUCAAUCAAACCACAAACGAAGUGAUUGAAGAGGUGGAAGAAAACAAGGCGUUCUUUGAGGUGUAUGAAGGUGCCGUCUACAUGCAUCAGGGCAAAACAUUCUUGUGCACAAAGCUAGAUACUGCUGCGAAAGUCGCUUUGUGCACCGAAGCAGAUCUUAAAUACUAUACAAAGACCAGGGACUUCACAGACGUACACGUGUUAGGUGGUGAGCUGGCAUAUCCGGCUAAAGUGGUUAAAGGGAAAUACCCGAUAACCACAGCCCAGGCUAGUCCCUGCAAAAUCACGACAAAAUGGUUUGGGUUUCGCCGAAUUUGGCAAAGAACCAACGUGACUUUUGAUACAGUUGACCUCUUUUUACCAGAAGUGUCAUAUGAGUCACAGGCUGCUUGGAUUCGAGUGCCACAUCUAGUUAGGGGAGAUCUGGAGGCGGAAGGACUUUCUUUGCGUGAGGGCAUACAUGCUGCGUCUCACGCACUUCUCAACAUUAUACCCUUGUACAUCAUGUGCAAUCCACAAGACUUGGGCUGUGAUUGUGCUAAUCCUAACGAUACACGCUAUUACCCUGAAAGGCUUCUUCUGUUUGACAAGCACCCUGGAGGCAUUGGCAUUGCCGCUCAAGUACGUCCCAUGUUUGCUGAGCUACUGCAAGCAGCUCUGGAGCUCCUAAUUGCUUGCGAGUGUACCACAAGUACUGGAUGUCCGGCCUGUAUCCAAGUAUAUUCAUGCAGUGAAUACAACGAAGUUGUAAAUAAGCGUGCUGCCAUAGUAAUCCUGCAGGGUGUGAUAAAGGCUGAAGACAUGUACCGGGAUAACAAACAGGAAAUUUCGUGUCCAGAUGAUGGAUUUUUGAAGGAAUCUUUCGUGUAAUCAAGGCUAUUGUCGCAUUUUGUUGACUGUAGGUCUUCAUCUCAGAUACUUGUUGGUUACUCGGCAUUUUCUAAACCAUGUUACUGGCCUAAGAUUUCUCAGUAAUCCACUAAUUUUUCAUGUUA